AUGAGGUAUGUGUGGAUCUGUGAGGGAUUGGUGUUCUAUGGAUUGGUGUUCUAUGGAUUGGUGUUCUACGGAUUGGUGUUCUAUGGAUUGGUGUUCUAUGGAUUGGUGUUCUAUGGAUUGGUGUUCUACGGAUUGGUGUUCUACGGAUUGGUGUUCUACGGAUUGGUGUUCUACGGAUUGGUGUUCUACGGAUUGGUGUUCUACGGAUUGGUGUUCUACGGAUUGGUGUUCUAUGGAUUGGUGUUCUAUGGAUUGGUGUUCUAUGGAUUGGUGUUCUAUGGAUUGGUGUUCUAUGGAUUGGUGUUCUACGGAUUGGUGUUCUACGGAUUGGUGUUCUAUGGAUUGGUGUUCUAUGGAUUGGUGUUCUGUGGAUUGGUGUUCUGUGGAUUGGUGUUCUAUGGAUUGGUGUUCUACGGAUUGGUGUUCUACGGAUUGGUGUUCUAUGGAUUGGUGUUCUAUGGAUUGGUGUUCUAUGGAUUGGUGUUCUACGGAUUGGUGUUCUACGGAUUGGUGUUCUACGGAUUGGUGUUCUACGGAUUGGUGUUCUACGGAUUGGUGUUCUACGGAUUGGUGUUCUAUGGAUUGGUGUUCUAUGGAUUGGUGUUCUGUGGAUUGGUGUUCUAUGGAUUGGUGUUCUAUGGAUUGGUGUUCUAUGGAUUGGUGUUCUACGGAUUGGUGUUCUAUGGAUUGGUGUUCUAUGGAUUGGUGUUCUAUGGAUUGGUGUUCUAUGGAUUGGUGUUCUACGGAUUGGUGUUCUACGGAUUGGUGUUCUACGGAUUGGUGUUCUAUGGAUUGGUGUUCUAUGGAUUGGUGUUCUAUGGAUUGGUGUUCUAUGGAUUGGUGUUCUAUGGAUUGGUGUUCUACGGAUUGGUGUUCUACGGAUUGGUGUUCUAUGGAUUGGUGUUCUAUGGAUUGGUGUUCUACGGAUUGGUGUUCUAUGGAUUGGUGUUCUAUGGAUUGGUGUUCUACGGAUUGGUGUGCGACGGGAUCUUGUACCCUCAUUUAUUUUAA